AUGUGCUCAAAUGCUGUAUUCCGAUGUUUUCGAUGUCUGGAGCGAACGACGGAUAGAGUUACGGGUGCAGCAGGCCCUCUGUUCGUUACAUUAGCCAUCUGCCUAUUGUGCUUGGGCGUGUUUUGUUUCUUUGAAGCUAUUCAGCCAAGCAUACGAUGGCCGCUUCUCACGGUCCCAAUCGACGCGCUCAUUGCAUUCAACCUUCUUGGGCAAUAUUACCUUGCAUGUACCGUGAAACCUGGUUUUAUUGAUGACCCGCCUCGCACGGAAGGUGAAAGUUUCUUUUGGGCAAAACGAAGGAAAUCGGGCGCGCCCAGGACAAAUGGUUCAGCAGGGGUGCAUUGGUCGGAAGACAUGCAGCUGAAUAUGACACGUGCACAUGUUUCGCGCUGUAAACGUUGCGGACAAAUACGACCAGAACGAGCACAUCAUUGUCGGAUAUGCAAUCACUGCGUAUUAAAAUAUGAUCAUCAUUGCCCAGUGCAAUUAGGGAUAAAUCAAUGCGUUGGGUUAUACAAUGAAAGACACUUCGUGCUAUUCAUGGCAUAUCUUGUCCUGUCAACCUUUUGUUUCGCAUUUCUCGGUUACGAGAAAAUGUGGGAGGCCAUGGGGUUCACAUAUACUUGGACAAACUGGACACCGGAAAUCAUGUUCUCGCUGAUUUACAUAUUGUCCCUCGUACUUUGCUUCGCUGUGGGAGUGAUGCUAUCAUGGCAUGUUUGGAGCAUAUGUAAGGGCGAGACGUCAGUAGAGUCGCACGACCAUGACGUGUAUCGCAAGACAGCCAAAGAACGGGGUCAGGUAAUACUUACUACCUUCAUAUGUAGGAAACUUAAGAACUUAGAACUCUUCUUCAACCUUGGAUCAGACGGAUACCCAUAUCGAUCAUUACUCUUCCCGCUGCGGGUCAUGCCAUACACAGACGGUAGAACCUGGGCUCGACGACCAGGAUACGUGACUCACAAAGGCAUUCAACCCGGAGACGAGCUCACUGAUGAGGACGACAUUUUUGAUUAG